AUGGACGGAGCUCGCAUACACCCCCACAACUUCCAAGAAAUCUAUACCCAAGCCUGCGAAGCCUUCACGCACAAGCUACAGUGCCAAGUCUUCGUUCUCCUGAGCCCAUCAUCACCAAGCCCUGAUAUGGAGGAGAUCCCGACAAGGCUGGAGGAGCUCUGCGAGCGGGUCAUGCAGAUUGGAUUCCUGGGUGAGGUCGGCGAAUUCGGGAUCCGGGAUGAUAACCGCGUGCGUGUUCGUUGGGGGUCCCUUCAUAUUAAGGAGAUUUGCUUUGAGAUUAAGUGGGAACUGAAUGUGCUCAAGGAUGAGCUUUCUAGUGGUGCACCUCCUUUGAUAGUUGCAGAUCUUUUGGUGGGGGUUUUGGAUAGUUUGCCUUUUUGA